UACUAAUCUUCCAAGAUGGCCACAUUCUACUACUGCAACUCGUCAGCCAACGAAUUCCUUGCUCACCAACAAGGUGCAGAGUGGACGGAAAAUACGCUCUCUUGGAUGACAUGGGAUUCAUCCAUGACCGGAAAUUAUGUCGCAACCAUUUUCAACCCAUUGGAAGGUUGGUACGAUUUCCAGCAAGAUGGUGAUGCCCCCUUGGACAAUCACGACGCCACCACUGCUUUAAAGCAUCAAAAUCAAAAAGAAGAACAUGCAAACAGCAUCAACCAUGACAACAGCCACGAGGCGCCAAUAGUCCAGUCCCAAAUCGAUCGAGUGCCAGAGCAAUACCAAAGGUUGCGCAUCCAAUUUGGAAAGUGGGGUAUUCCCAGCACAAACUUUCACCAAUUCAACCGCACCGGGUUCUGUGGGCUUCAAAGUUGUCUGGAUAACUCCUAUUGUAUUGCCAUGAUCCAACAACUGUAUUACCAAAAGGAUAUGCGUGAAAUGGCCCUUGAGCAUAGCUGCCACGCUGAUCAGUGUCUGGUGUGUGAACUGUCGUUUCUGUUUCACAUGAUGGACCAGAGCCCCGGAUUGUUGUGUCAGCCCGACAACUUCCUCAGAUCUCUGCGAACUCAUCCUGAGGCUAUUGCUCAAGGACUUGUGUUCUCCAACGAUUGGGAUUCAGUGAAUGUCUCUCAAAUGAGUGGAGUGGUACAGGCAUGGCGUCAGUUCAUUCUUGAUCAAUUUGACGGAUUCGUGGUAGACAAUCGGUUUUCUCGAUUGUGCAAAGUGCAAGGUGUGAACGUGACCAAGUGUUCUCAUUGCCGCGGCUUCUUUGGUGUUGAAAGUGACAAUACAAACGGUUGUGACUUGGUGUAUUCACUUGGAACAGGACCCGAGCAUAAUGGGAAGAAGGCCAGUUUUGAGGACCUCCUUUGCUCCAGCCUGAACUCGCCUCAAGUGUUGGCGGAACCGAGGUGGUGUGGGCGUUGCCGGCGUUUUCAGACGCCCAAUACGACACGCCAAAUUCAGUGUUUGCCAACAUCGCUCUCGGUCAACAUGGGAUUGGACAAACGACGUGACAAUCUCCUGACUUGGCAGGAGCAAUGCGCCCAAUUGGCCAGCGCUUGCUCUGAUGACGGCCAAUCCUGGAUCCCGGAGCACCUCACGCUUCGCCGAUUGGCCAAUGGUGCCUUGAAGGGAGGAGCCACUGAGUUGGGAACGUCGGAUCAACUUCUUGAGUUGGCUCAGUACGACUUACAAUCGGUGUGCUUGACGAUCUGUGACCCAGGCACUGGACAGGCUUUAAAUGUUGUGGCGGCCAUCAACGUGGGCCCUUUCUACCACGCGAGGGUGGGUUCUCCGGUCAGCCAAUGGUACUUGUUCAAUGGGUACAGCAUUGCACCCAUUUGUGUUUCCGAGCUCUUGGGACUGAAUGUGGAUUGGCGAAUCCCAACCACUCUGGUCUAUCAGCGGAGGGGAGUGAACCACCCAUUGACAAAGGAAACUCCCACCAUCCCUGCCACGCACCCACCCAAGCAAAAGCAUCCAAUUGGCUUUGACAUUUUCCAUCCAAGUCGAGGUCAGGGCUUGCCCACGACGUUCUGCCCUUUGGAGGAGAGUGAAGUUCCGGUGGCUGGAGAUCUGGUGGCCUUGGAUGCCGAGUUUGUCACUCUCAAGCCGGAAGUCAAGUCUGUGGGUCUGGAUGGACGCCUGAGCAUCACCAAACCUGUUCAAAGGGCCGUGGCACGUGUCACUUGCGUCCGGGGAUCGGGUCCCUUGUGCGGAGUCCCGUUCAUUGACGACCAUAUCUCUUGCGAGGAAGAGGUCCACGACUACGUCACCAAGUACUCGGGGAUCCGCCCAGGGGACCUGGACCCACAGAUGAGCUCCAAGUAUUUGACAUCCAUGAAGACGACCUACAAGAAGAUCUUGUACUUGGUGGAUGCGGGGUGCAUCUUCGUGGGGCACGGGCUGAAGAACGACUUCGGCAUGCUCAAUGUGGUCGUUCCCCCGGAACAAGUGGUGGACACGGUCCAUUUGUUCCACUUGCCCAACCAAAGAUUGCUCUCUCUGAAGUUCCUGGCGUGGUACUUCUUGGGCAAGUACAUCCAAGGGGGCAACCACGACUCCACUGAAGAUGCAGUCACUGCCUUGGAACUCUACCAAGAGUACCGCCAAUUUCAGGCCCAGCAAGUGAUGGAUCAAGUCUUGAACGCGUUGUACGAGCAGGCCAGAAUUUGUCAAUGGACUGUGCCAGAGCCAACCUGAUUGCUCGACUCUGUUUUGCUUUGUUGACACGUUGUCAUGUUGUACUUAAUUCUUCUUAGGUAAAUAUGUGGCGACUGAUAUAAAUAAAG